GAGAGUAUACCGUCGCCUUGGUAGCAAAGAUGGCGGAUGAUCCGAAAGAUUCCAAGUCCUGAAAAUUAUGUUUGUUUUCAGUCCACAUUUAAAGCUGCUGCAAGUGGCUCACGUUUAAGAUUUCGGAGCCUGAGAUCACUGAGCCUACGGAGUUUCAAGAGAACUUAAAUUCUGGACUGUGUUGUGACGUUUUGCUGAGAAAAUGCCGGUUUUUAUCCGGAAGGGCGGGUUGGAUAUCCCCCCUCCCUCCCUCAGCUCCAGGGACAGUGAUGAAGAAGAGUUCCUGACGGACCCUGAGCAGCUGUACGACCCGCUGCCACAGCCCUUCCGCAUGAUAGACAAGGUGCUGUUCCAGCUGCUUGAGGAUGUGUGGGACGUGGCCAGUCAGCGGGAGGCAGCACGCAUGCAGGACGGCAGCAGGCUCCGACCUCCACUGUACCAGUGUCCUGUACAGAUGCAGGAGCAUGGUAAGGCCCACUGUGUGGCCCACAGUGUGGAUGGACGGUACAUUUUUGUCGGCCUGCCGACCGGCCUGGCAGCCUUUGACGCCGUGAGUCAGGUGACCUUGGCGGUGUGGGAGGAGACUGUAGAGGUCACCAGUCUGAAGGUCAGCCUGGUCGGGGUGCAGACGUACCUGCUGUCCACUGUGGACGACAUGGGUGCCUCCCGUCUGCUGUUGUUCUCAAACGAGAGGUUUUACUUCAUCAAGCAGCUUAACGAGCAGGAGGGCACUAUCACGGUAAAGUGUGAGCUGUCAUCAGAAGGAGACUAUGUUGGAGUUGCCCUUGAGAGUGAGUUUGCAUCAAGCUUUUUUUGUGUGAAGUUUGUUCUCUGUGUUCCAGAUAAGGAGAAGGAGGUUUGGCUGGAGGUUCACCGCCUGCCCAGGGAUGGCUGGCUGAGAGAGCUGGAGCAGGCUCAGGCACAGGCACUCAAGGCUGCGUACGCUGCAUCCCAGGACCAGUCUACUUAUGGAGAAACAGCCGCGGAGACGUCUGAAGGCCAGGCUACGGAGGGGGAGGAGGGCAGGAAGAGCGGUGCGGGGACGCCGACCUCCGAGGUGCCCAGACAGACGCCGUCUGCAGGCCAGGGUAGCAUGCUGGCAGGACCUGACAUCAAGUUCUCACCUCCACAGAUGGUCCUCAGAGUACGCCCACCACCUGAACUUACAGGCAGCAGUGCUAAGAGCGCGUAUGACGCGUACAAGUCCGUGGACCUGGGUGACGUGAUCGGUACGGGAGGGAACCACGUGCUGCUGGCGGAACAUCUGAACCAGAGGAGGGCGGUGUUUAAUGCCGUGCACGAACAACAGAUCCGACACCUGCCGCAGGAGGAGGAACAGGCCACUAGGACUCCGACAUUCCACUUCCUACAUGGAGGGCAGAUGUUGCCGGCUGGCCUGGAUAACGUGACCCAGGCCGGACAGGUCAACUCGGUGUGUGUCCGCUGGAGCGGCUCCAACAACCUGGCUCACUAUUCACUCCUCAAGACUGGCAAAGACCUUGAGCACAAGCCAGACCUGGUGUGGCCCAACACCUGCAGCAUCACGGCCACUGCUGUCAGCUCUGACACCUCACUACUGGCCGUGGGCCUGGCAGACGGAACCCUCACCGUCUGGGACAAGUACUUAGGCUUACAGAAGUGUGUGAAGAAACUGAAGACCCAGGGCAGUGUCACCUACCUGAGCUUCCUGAACCCGUCCGUGCUGCCCAACACGCCCCCCUCCCACCCCCCGUAUGACACCCCCUCCUCUGCAGCCGUGCUGGCAGGCUGUAGUGAUGGGGCUCUGUUUGUGGUCAGGUGUGGGCAGGGGGAGGAGGACAUGGAACCUGUCACGGUUCUAGACAGCUCCAGUGAUGACACAGAGAGGUUCACCACAGUACAGGUUAUCCCUGCCAUCCCUCAGGUGGUGCUGUGUGUGCGUAGGAAUGGGCAGAUGCUGAUGUAUGAUGUACUGAAGAACCUUGUGUUGUGUGAGGUCGGCCUCCCUUCCACACACUACCUGUCCUCCCCCUGGGAGCCCUGCUGUGUGUUUGGGGCGGACGGGCAGAUGCUCUAUGCUAAAGGUUCCCUGUUGGAUGCUGAUGAGGAGUACGUCCCUGGCAGUGGUACCAGCUCCAUGUUUGUGUACCAGCUGCGCUCCUUCCCCACGCUGGACAGCUAUUGGAGGAGACAGUCGGAGCCCCGCCCCUUCAUCACACAUGUCACCGUCAACAAAAGAUGUGAUGCGCUGUUACGGGAGCGUCUGUCGCGGCAGAAGGAUCGCGUGGCGCGGAUGCAGGAGCGGUGGAACGACCUGCGGACGGAGAUCGACGUGGUGACCAGGUUCCGCCAGGCCGGACAGACACGGCAGAGGGUCAAGGUCGCCUUCGCUUCACGAUCAUGAACUGGACGCACCUAACAAUACAUGGCAGCUGAUCGCAGAAUGCUAUCAUAAUUUGUAUCAGAUUCUGUAUUUUUUGGUAUAGUUGGUACAUGUAUAACCACCCUUUGACAUAACACACCAGCUUAUAUGGACGGAAAUAUAGGUUAUACCAAUGAAACACAUCAAUGAUCAUCUAUAUAAUAGUACACGUACAAAUGUAUGUGUCUACAGAAUUUUGCUGUGCAGUUUACACUGUGUAAAUAAGGGCCCAUUCAUUAAGACGGCAUUUUGUCUUUUAAAAAUGUUGUCAAAAAAGCAAAAAAAAAUUAGCAUUUCAAUUAGCACUGUAAAGGUUUUUAUUAGUGAAUGUAAAUUGGUUUUGAAAUAAAAAGGGUCUUACAUGUAUGAUGCAAAGUACUCUGCUGU